UGCUGCUCCCGAACCCAAAAGUCGCUUUUCGGGUGGCUCGUUAGGGUUCUUUUUUUGCUGCCAAUGUCGCACCCGCUUGUCCCCUCCUGGCUCGAUUCGGCGGCCGUGGCUGUGGCUGCUUUGCUUUCUGCCGCUACAUAACCAGCGCUCGCUCGCGACGCAAUGGAGGUGGAGCAGCCGCAGCGGGAGCCGGAGCAGGAGCGGGGGAAGGGGCAACAGGGCGGCGGCGUCGAGCGGUGCGGGCGGCACCCGACCCAGGUCUUCACCGGCGUCUGCUCCUCCUGCCUCAUGGAGCGCCUCUCCUCCGUCCGCAACCCUGCCGAAGAGUUGGAGGACGAGAUCGUCGAGGUCGGCGCCGACCACGCCGGCGAGGGAUCCGGCGCCGACCCCGGCAAGCUGCGGAAGACGCUCAUGCUGCUCUUUCAGCUGGACGACUCCUGCAGCGCCGGCGCGGCGCAUCCGCCCGAGGCCAAGGAUCCCCAGGUCGCCGAAUUUGAGGUGGACCCUGGAGGAGGAGGUGGUGGGAAUCGAGGGGCCAAGUGGAAGGGCGGGGCGUGGCUCAGGUCGAUCUUGCCGAGGAGGGGGAUGCGGUGGAGGAGGAAGGAGCCCCCGCGGCCUCCGCGGGAGAGGCCGGUGGAUCCGGACGGCGCCGGCGACGAUGCGCAGGUGGAGAGGAAGCCGAGCUUCCGGCGCUCCUGCGAGUGGAUGGUCUGCCGGGAGCCGGUCAGAGGCUCCCUGGAGCCGCCGCGCCACUCGUGGGACGGCUCGAUGGUGGGUAGGGCCUUCGCUUGCUCGUUCGCCUGCUUGGAGGAGCCGCCGCCGCCACCAGAUGGGGCGAGGAGGGCGCGCCGGAGCAAUGCAGGGGAAACGGCUGCAGAGAGCCGUGCCAGCGUCGCAGAGAGCAGGAAUGGGGAGCAUUUGGUUGAUGCUGCCAGCGAGGGGCGCCAUUUCAGUGGAAGGAACUGCGGUGACACCGGGCCGGAGAUGGCAAUGUCGGGUGUUGGAAGGCGGAGGUCGAACAGGUGGAGCAGGGUGUGGGAUCGUAGCAUCACUAGCCCACUCAAGGAGUUUGUGAGGAAAGGGGAGCAUGUUCUCGAGCGGUCGCUCUCGGAAUCAAGGAAGGAUACCAGGAGGGGCAGAAAUGCGGAGACAGGAGACAUGGAUUGUGAAAUUCAACCUGGACGCAACGGCCAUGGUUUGGGCAGAGCAAGCCAAGGUUCAUCCAGAAGCUCACAAGCUGCAGCUAACUGGGACGUCCAUAAUUUCCGCACAGAUUGGCUUAGGAGUAAGGGGAAUAGGGAAUGCAAGAUUGGCAGAAGCAGGAGCGUCCAUUAUACCUCUCCCGGAAACUUGGAUAAUGGGAUGCUGCGGUUUUAUCUGACACCAAUGAGAAGUGCAAAAAGCGCAAACAGAGGGAGGAGGAGGAAUUCACGCUUGUUCUCGAGAGGACUUUUCGGUUUCAUUUGAGUGGCUGAAGUAGAAUUCUAGCCCUUGCCAUGUGUUUUAGAAGAUGGCAGCAGUGGAAGCAACUUUUCUUCACAAUCUACUUGGUUUCUAAGGACUGGCAGCAUAGUAAGUUUUCAUACUAUUCUUUCUUCUAGGGCAUUGUUAAGUCCCAACUUAGAAUCAGGAAGUUUCAACAUUAGUUGCAGAAUUGCUGCUCUAUUCUUUUAAGAUGUUGUUUAUAGAUGGAAUCUGGACAGAGCUGUGCAGAUUAGUAUCAUAAUGUAAUUAUUUACUUUGAUAAUAAUAUAUUUGUGCUAUUUACUUCUGCUUUUAAAGAUAAACGAGGGAUUACUUCUUGGUCUGAA